AUGUCUUUAGUUGUGCAAGGUGUCCCACAUGAUUUUUUGGUAGAUACCGGAGCAACUAAAUCUAGCAUUUCUGCUAGAGAAUACAAUGGGCCAGUGACUAAUACAUGUGAAAAAUCUGUUGGCAUUACAGGAGUCCCAAUUUCGUGUCCCAGGACGCCUCCUUUGGAGGUGUAUCCAAAUGACAGCCCUUCAAACAGAUUUGUUUAUGCUUUUCGCAUAAUACCCAAUAGUCCUGUUAAUUUGCUUGGAAGGGAUUUAAUGGCUAAGAUGCAAAUGUCUGUUAAUAUUGAUUGCAAGGGAGGAUUGCAUGUUGACACUCCCUGGGAUUCAGUUCCGUUGCUGUAUGCAGCUGAUCCUGAACCUGCCCUUACUAAACAGUUGUACCUUGAUAAACUCAGUUUACAGACUCUUGAGAAUGUGUUUGAGUAUGCCUCACACCCUGACAAAGUUGUGACACAAGCUUUUUACAGACCUUGGAUUACUGAUCAUGUUGAGAAAGAGAUGUGGAAAGCACCAGUUAAUGCAGUUGUACUUACACCAGAUACAGUUUAUGUGCAAACACCAGAACAUUUGUGGACAUGGAAAUAUGGCAGGAAUAUUGUAAAAGAUCCUAAGGUUAUACCUGUACAAUUAGAGCCAGAUGCAUUCACACAUGCUUCACAUGUCACUAAUGAUGUGCCAGAGGCACUUGAUGAGUUAAAACAGAGUUUGUGGGCCACUGGAUUUAAUGAUCCAGGUUUCAUUUCAUGCACACCAUACAAAGCCACUCUCAAACCAGGUGCUAAACCUGUAUACAUUAAGCAGUACCCUUUGUCUAAGGAAAAGGAACAGGGAAUAGCUCCUGUAAUUAAGGACCUAUUGUCUAAGAAAGUUAUUAGACGCACACUGUCACCAUACAAUACACCUAUCAAUCCUGUUCCUAAACCUGGAGGUACAGAAUACAGAUUUACACAAGAUUUGCGAGCAGUAAAUGCUCUGGUGCAGCCACUUGCACCGAUAGUGCCAGAUGUUAAUGCUAUUUUAACAGCCAUCCCAAGUACUGCAACUUGCUUUACAGUCAUUGAUCUCUGCAGUGCAUUCUUUAGCAUCCCUGUGCAUCCCGACACUCAACCGUUGUUUGGUUUUACGUAUUUAGGGAAUCAAUAUACGUUUAAUCGUUUACCAAUGGGCUUUAUUGAUUCCCCUGCCGCGUACUCAGCUGUAGUUCGUAAGACCCUAGAAUCCUGGACACCUCCUGAAGGUUCCACUUUGAUACAGUAUGUGGAUGAUUUGUUGUUGUGCAGUGUUGAUGAACAGACUUGUAAAACUGACUCUCUCCAUUUGCUUCAGCACUUAGGUGAUGCAGGGCACAAAGUGACUUUGAGAAAAAUGCAAUUUUGUCUUCCACAAGUAACAUACCUGGGUCUUCUUCUUUCAGCAGGCAAGAGACUGUUAUCCCCUGAAAGAGUUAAGGCUCUCAUGGUUAUUCCUCGACCACAAACAAAGACUGCUAUGUUAUCUUUUCUGGUUACAGGUCAGCAUGAACCAGAACAAAUCCACUGGACACAGGCUCUUGAUAAGGCCUACAACACCCUCAAGCAGGCUCUCUGUUCCGCUCCAGCCCUAGGUUUACCCAACUAUAACCUACCAUUUCACCUGUAUUGCACAGAAGGGGGAGGUACAGCAGCAGGGGUCCUUGCUCAGGAACACGGUCAUGGGUACAGAGCGGUAGCUUUUUAUUCAAAAUUAUUGCCAACGGUGGUCCAGGGUAUGCCAGCAUGCUUAAGAGCUACAGCAGCAUGCGCUAUGAUGGUGGAAGCGGCACAAACAUUGGUACUGUCACAUUCUCUGAUAUUGCAUACAUCACAUCAAGUCUUGCAAGUGUUAAAUAAUCUCACUACACAGCACAUGACUGCACAGAGAAGGUCAGGCUAUGAAACAAUUCUCACAUCCACUGCAAACCUCACUAUCAAAUACAUUGCACCCACAGGAGGCCCAGCACCUUUAUUACAUGCAUUGAUUUCUAAAUGUCCUUUAGAACACCCUGAGGCCCACAAUUGCAUAGACACUGUACACACAGAGACGUCACCACGUCUUGACUUGCAAACAACUCCACUAGAGGAGGGAGAAGUUGUUUUUGUUGAUGGGUCAUGUUCUAAACCUGCUGAUGGUGUUUAUCUUACAGGCUUUGCUGUGGUACAGUUACCCGACACAGUGGUUACUGCUGGUUCUCUGCCUUUUGUGUCGGCCCAGGCAGCUGAAUUGGUAGCCCUAGCUCAGGCAUGUAGAGCGUUUGCGAUGAAAGAUGUGACCAUUUACACUGACUCAAGGUAUGCGUUUGGAGUUGUGCAUGAUUUUGGAGUGAUUUGGCAGAACAGAGGUUUUGUUGCAGCUGAUGGUAAGAGUAUCUCACAUUCUACACUGGUACAGGAACUCUUAGAUGCAAUUAAAUUACCACAUAAGCUAGCAAUUGUUAAAUGUAAAGGCCACAGUACUGACUCCACUGACGUUAGACUUGGCAAUGAUUUUGCAGACACCAUUGCUAAGGAGGCUGCGUUUCGGGGUCCACCGCACCCUGACUAUCUCAGCACUACUACACAGGAACAGUUACACAUGGUAAUGAUUCCUGCCUUAGCAUCUGAUGUGGAUGUGGCGCACCUACAGUUUGGCGCAACUGAAACUGAUUUACAGACUUGGAUCUCUGCUGGUCUGACCAAAGGCCAAGAUGGCCUGUGGUCAGACGAGGAGGGGAGAGUAGGGAUACCACAAAUUGCCGCACCUUUGUUUAUUAGUCAUUUUCAUGGUUUUGGCCACAUAAGUAAACAACAGACCAAGAAUCUGAUGACAUCCAAGUAUGUCAUUAAAGAUCUGUUGCGCAUGAUUGAUAGACAACUGGACAGAUGUCUAACUUGUGCCAGAAAUAAUCCUGGAGGCCUUGUACAUGGUAAACUUGAGCAUUUACCACCCCCUGAUGGUCCUAUGCAGGUAUUGCAAAUUGAUUUCACACACAUGCCCACUGCGCGAGGUGGAUACAAGUAUCUUUUAGUCAUUGUUGAUCAAUUCAGUAAGUGGGUUGAGGCCUUUCCAACCACUCAAGAGAAUGCACGUACUGUAGCAAAGAUAUUGUGCAAGGAAAUUAUUCCUCGUUUUGGUUGUCCAUUACAGAUAAACAGUGACAGAGGUACUCCUUUCACUUCACAGAUUACACAAAUGAUUUGUACUAUGUUGUCCAUUGACUGGAAGUUUCAUAUUCCUUAUCACCCACAGUCAUCAGGACAGGUAGAGCGCAUGAAUAGAACCAUUAAAGAUAAGUUCAGGAAGGGAACUGGUGGUACAUUUACUAAUUGGCUUGAACAUUUACCUGCAGUAUUGGCAGAAAUCAGAAUGACCCCUAGCACCACUACGGGUUAUUCACCUUUUGAAAUUCUGAUGGGCAGACCUUUUCCAACCCCAUGGUGUAAACAAAAAGGUUCUCCUGUGGUAAGGGGAGAUAUCAAUGUUGUAAGGGAAGAAUAUGUAACUAAUCUGAUUGAAACAUUGAAUGGCAUCUAUGGUGAUGUUUCUUCUACUCUUCCUCAGCCUACAGGUAUCCCGACACACCCGUUCAAGCCUGGAGAUACUGUCUUGGUGAAGCAGCUCCACAAGAAUAAGUCGCUGGAUCCUCCUUUUGGCCUUCCAACUACUGUGAUCGCUGUGACAAGAACCGCUGUCCUUACAGAGGAAGCUCCAGUAUGGAUCCACGCGAACCGGAUCAAGAGGGCCCCAGACGACGUCAACCCUGGCCGCUCCAUGAUUCCAUCGAGUAUCGAAUAGUGUGGUACCUCCUGCCAGCAGUGUUCUUCGCAUCCGUGAUUGUCAUCCUGAUCCUAAUCUUCAAUCCUGGUGCGCCCCUGCACAAACUCAGGCCAUUCCCUAGUCCUGUUGCGCCCCGGCACAAUGAUAAUAAAAGUGUAAUUGACAAUGUCACUUAUCCCUUAUCCAUCCCUCUCACCCGUGAUGUCAGAGAGUUGCAUAUGUCGGCAUGGGAAACUGACAAUGCUUUUGUAAAAGCUGCCACGAACUUAUACAAAGUGACUAAUCAGACUGAUUCUUGUUGGGUUUGUGGCUAUGUCCCUCAUGGGGGGAAAUGGGGUUAUCCAUUUGUGGGUUUUCCUAUUACCGCACACAAUUUGACACAAAUGAUAAAUGAUGAUACUAUGUGGAAUUUUACACCAAUAGUUAACACUGAUAAAGGUUUUGAAAAGGAUAGGGUACACUUAGUCAAUUGUGUAAACCAUGGUGUUAUUAUGUCCCAUAAUCUUAAUGGUACUAGUUUUCACCCCAGUACACUUAGUCAAAUGCCUAUUACAGUUGCCUUAAUCUACAAUGCAGCCACACCAGUUAAUGCUACACUGUUAAAUAUAUGGGAUGGAUCCUAUCUUUCUUUUGAGUAUAUUCGUAAUUUUACUGCUAAGUAUACUGAACCACACAACACAAUUCGUAAUUGGUUCUGGCGUAACAACAGAAAUAUAGGUAAACAGACAGGUGCUUCUCCAGAAGCUAAGAGGAAAAGAUUUCCCUCAUGUCCUUCAGUUAUUAAGUUACCUUAUGGUUAUUAUUGGCUUUGUGAAAGAUGGGCAGUUAAAAUUAUACCAUGUAGCCAUCUCUCACCUUGUUAUUUGGGUUACAUAUUCCCAGCAUUAAGUAUUCAUGACACACUCCCUAAUGCUAAACUGCGAACACGUAGAGCUUCUGAUUUUACAGUUAAGACUAGUACUGCCGAGAUAGCUACUGCAUCUUGGUUUCCUACCGCAGCUGUCAUGCGAUUAUAUUAUAAGCUUAAUUUGUUUGCUACACUGGUAGAUGCAGCUUUUAAUUCCACUGCAGACGCUAUAGAGUCCUUAACUAUGCGACAAGAGCAGAUCGCUCAGACUGCUCUCCAGAAUCGUAUGGCUUUAGAUUAUUUGCUAGCAGCAGAAGGAGGAGUAUGUAAGCGCAUAGGUUCUUCUUGCUGUGUUUUUAUCUGGAACAACACUGGUAGAAUACACCAUGAUCUUGACACUUUGCAUGACAUUCAAUCACACAUACGUAAGCAGCCAACAGGUCUCUUUGAUGGUAUAGAUUGGACCUUUGGUCUGAGUUCCUGGCUAGGAGCUCUUGGUAUGAAAAUUUUAAUGGGUUUUGCAUUUCUUUUUUUUCUGUUUCUUGCUUUCUUUUUCAUAUAUAAGCUUACUGUGUGUUUGAUUAAUAAGCUUACCAGUACUCAUGCUAACCCUCACCAUUCCUUUUUCCAUAAUGUCACCGCUCAGCCAUCUCGCUAUAAGGUUCUUUAUAUUCGUUAAGUUGUUUUAGUUUUUAUGUUAUUCUGUUAGAAUAAAAGGGUGGUAUGUUAGGGGUAAUAUGAACCUGAUGGCAGCCAUCUUGUUCUUCGCAGCCAUCUUGUUCCUCGCAGCCAUUUUAGAAUGAAUAGACUUUAUUAUACUGGGUUAUUAUGCAGUGAGAAUAUUAUGCAUGUUAUGAGUUUCUUUAGCUAUUCGGCCUUGCCAAUGUACCCUGGCCUAACGCCUAGAAGUAAGAUAGCAUAAGAUAAUGUAAACAAGAGGCUUUAGACACUUGGUUGUCUCUGCAGAUGGUAGUUUGUUAUGACUCUGUAAAUAUUGUUAUGAGAAACUUAUGUUCUAGCUUUUCCAUGUAUUUCUGCUCUGUAUAACUGUGUAAAAUGACGCGGUCCAAACGUGUCAUCCCCUUAACCCUAUGUGCUGUCUCUGUACGCUAUAAGACAUGAUUACAAUGUUCAAUAAACAUGAAUAGCUUUGGAUCAUAA